AUGUAUGAAUGUAUUUGUGUUGUACGUGUUUGGUCGUGGAUUUGUGCUUUAUUCACUUGUUUCCGCCCUCCUCAGCAGACGAAGAGUCGUCCUCAUUGUCGUCAAAGCGGAGGUCCAACGGGCCCGGGUCUGAGUCCGAGUCCAGCCUGGGCCUCGGCCUGUGAGGCGCGACAGCAAAUGAGGCGCCUGCCUCGGAAGCGGCCAGAGACGAGGGCACGUGGAGACGAACCAACCCGUCGGGUGAAGAAGCAGGAGGACGUGGCAAGAGGACAGUCGGCAGAGCAGCAAUACUCACUUGCCAGCUCACUUUUGUACCCUCUUCGACUGCUCCAGGCUCUACUUUUGCUCAUUCAACUGACUAAACCGGGCACAUUUGACCAUUUCUCUUUUCGCUGA